AUGUGGACAUCUCUCCUGUGUCUUCUUCUGGCUGGUGCAGUAUCUGCAGCACCACUUUCACCGUUUUUCAAUUAUCUCCCUCAUUAUGGCAACUCGAAGCAGGGGAAUAAUGGUGGCUUCCAGGGAAUACCAGCACAGCCACAUCCUGGUCUGAAUGCUCCAAUCAGCAUGGAAAUCAUUUUCCCUCCGCGAUUCCCUGCUACUCCAGUAGGAGGAGCAGCUGGCGCAUCGUCAUUCCCUACACACGCGUUCAUCAAAUACUCUCUCCCUAAACUUCCCGGCAGAAAAAGCGUGGAAAUCUUUUACCCCUAUGACUUCAGUCAGCGUCAGGACCAACCCAAUGUUCCCCUGAUACCUCAAAUUCCAAAUAUCUUCCCCUUCGAUUUUAUGCCACAGACAGUUCCCCAGCAGCCACCUGUGAACCCACCAUUCCAGGAUGGUCCUCCACAAACCCAAGAGCCUCAGCAGCAAACCCAGCUGGAGCAGCAGGCACAUCUUUGA